CAGAUUAUAUAGGUAUAUCCAGAAGGAAUUCUACCAACGAAGUGGGUCAGACAUAAGCAUCAGUAUUCUCAAUGGUGUUUAUGUCUGAUCUGGUGUUCCCGAGUAUAUAUAUAUAUUAUAUACAGGAGAGGACAUACGAGUACCAUCUUUAAGGCCUGCAAGGUGUCGAACACACACCUGUACUAGACCUGGACUGAGGUCAGAAACUAGUAAACAUUUACCUCCAUGUUGAGUGAGACCACAGAAGGCCAGGUUCUGCAAUUUUUAUCUUGGUGAGAAAUCAACUUUUCAAAGGGAAAUCCCCUGACUGAAUAUUUUUUUGAUCAGAAAUCUUCCUGAAAGAUCAAAGGGGAAUCUUGAUUUGGCAUUUCAUGAGAAAACUUCCUGGAUCAUUUAAGGAGAAACCUUGUUGAUGUAUUUCAGGAACAACCUUACUGGUACAUAUUUAUAUUGCAGAUGUGUUCAGGUAUAUGUUGAUCUUCUCGUCAGACAGGAAGAAGCCGCCUCUAUUAUUGAAAAGAAAGCCUCUCUCGCGGAAAGCUUUGCGAUAUUUGUAUGUGAUGUCUCUUCACAAGGCACCUGGAGCGAUAGGUUCCUCUUCACACAGUCUUCUCUCUGGUGUAAAAGUCGCCGGGCUUCCUUUGGCUGGAGUGUCAGGCGUGCAUAUAUGAUGUUGAUUUCUUGGAUUUAUGCUCUCCCUUGUUGUGCGUUCAUUCUGAGAUAAUUAUUUUGUGUGGGAUAAGAAAUAAUUCGUGGACAGUUAAAGAUUACUUUUAUGACAGGCGGAGGCCUCCUUGUGCUUACAGCUUCUGUAUAAACGGUGAAAAGGCAUUGAGGUGAACACUUUUUGUGAAAAAAAAGGAAAAGAGUGGUUACUUCAUUCAAAGAUGGCGUCCUUACAUGACGCCUCGUUCUUCUGUAUCCCGGAGACAGCUCUACCACACACAGAGCAAAUAAACUACCGUCUUUUGUAUUGUGUGAUCAGCCUGUGUUCAGGCUUUUUGGGCAUGUUUGGCUCCUGCUAUCAACUGUUCGCCUGGAAACAAAAGAUGACAGAGUGGCCAAGGCGGCGGUCCAGUCGGCCAACUACAAACCCGGAGAUCAUUUUCUAUUUGGCCGCAUCAAACCUCAUGUCUUGUCUGGGUGUGAUAAUCCGUUCCAUGGCGAUGUUGUUGACUAAAGCCCCUCAUGUUAGUAGUGUAUGGGUGAACAUCACCAACACGUCCUGGUACGAGAUCUAUUCCAACAAUAAGUGUGACAACCAGGCCAUACCCCACGGGGAGAAGAACGUGUUCAUCUGGGGUAGCAUCGUCGAGGCUUUCACACAAUUCAGCUUUGGGGCCUCCGUCAUCUGGACAUUCCUCUAUUCCGUUGACACAUACUCUCAGCUUGUCGGCUUCCACAUUUCCAGUAAAGCCUAUCACAGUAUCAGCUGGGUGUUGGCGGGUGUGAUGGCAAUAGGAUCCCAACUCUCUGUAUCCAUCGGCCUCACUCCACCUUACAGUUGCGCAGACGGACCUCGCUUGAUUAUCCGGUACUUCUUUGCUUACAUGCCUAUGCUGGUCGUUUUGAUACUCAAUCCUGUAUUCCUCUGGAGUACUCACCGCCAAGCCAAGAAACGUAUGGUGAGCUAUUCGGUCACGUUCACAGAUACAGAACGGAAGUCGCUGACUAAACUCAGACAGAAGUUCAUCACUAUAGUAUUUCUAUUCACAUUAUGCUGGGUUCCUAAUCAGAUCGACAGCGCGUUACAGAUCUCUCUGAACAUUGACUGUAUAUACUCAAGCACGUCCACCUUCAACGUAUUCUUCCCGCUUUGGGUUAUAGAGGCGUUUCUCAACCCCCUCCAGGGCCUGUUCAACUGUCUCGUGUUCGGCAGGAGAUUUGCGUGCUGCGACAGAACAGGGGAGAGAAUCCGUGUCAGCACUCAGGACUCGUUCUCAGUUAUCUCCUCAGAACGACAAACUUUAUUAUGAUAUUAAACUGAUAAAGAACUGUAUUUAUACAUGUAUAUCAGGCUAUAAAUGAUAUUUUAAGAGGUACUUAAUGUUUAGUGGUGAGGUCAGACCUAAAACAAAUUUUUGUAUUUUAUAAAAUCUAUGUAGACCGUGAACACGUGUCUGGACGAAAUGCUAUACGGUUAACACUAUUCAAUAAUCAAAGUCAAGCCGAUUGCCUUGAUUCCCUCUGGAUGGCUGCGAUCAACAGUCAAGCAUGGGUUAGGCCGGCAGGGUCUGUGGACGUAAAAUUCAAUGAUAGUGAAGUUGCUUUCUAUUAAAUCUCAGAAAGAGAAAGCUGCCUCUUUUUGUUACAUUUUGUUUUAGAUUUUCAAUUUGAGCAUAUUUUCGUGUUCUAACAAUAGGUUGACGUAAGCUAGCGUUUGCCUGGUAGACAUUGUAUGUAUGCGUACUUGUGCUACUUGUAAACAUCUGUAUCGUAGCCAUACACAAUGCACUGACUGAUCUAAAUACCGCAGUAUAAGCUACCCACAAUUAGGGAAUAUAUAGCAGUUUCCAGUCAACCUGGAUAUUGUGUGUGGGACUGUUAAAUGAGCAAUAGCACGUUUCGCAUGCUUGGAGGAAUAUAUAUGAGUGUACUCCUACGGUUAUAGGCCUAUAUACACGGUCUGAAUAGUGCAUGGGAUGUUGCAUUUACAUGUAUAUUAAAUAUUUUGCUAACUAAGUGCAUGUGUAGGCCUCGUAUACACAUAGGCCUAUAUGUUUAUGGCCCUUAUGUUUACCAUGGCUGAAUCUGUGUCUAUAUGUAGGCCUAUGUACAAAUGACAGGGAGAAAUCAAUGUUCGAUGACAUUUAUAGCUAUUAUGGACAUGCAGUGUAUGCAACUAUUUUUCUGUUUAAUACACUUAUGAAUCAAAUACGGUCAUGUUAACAUUUGUUUUCUAAUUCGCACAACUGAAGUCAUCUAUGCUUGUGCUGUCAGCCUUAGUAUAAAUUGUGGGGUUCAUUUUAGUUUUUCCAGAAUAAGAUGAAUUGAUAUACUUCAUGUAAAACACGUAUUAAUGCGUUAAAUGGAGAUUAUGUUUUAACAUUUCAAUCUCCGUCACUUUCUAAAAUAUUCAAACAGGUACACUUAAAACAUUAAUCUGUUCAUGUUAAAGUGAACAUAAAGUCUGUCGCUAUAUAAACAUAAAAAACUGAUAUAGGACAUAGUUAUCACAGAAAACUAUGUAAAAAAUUGUAUAAAGUUUUGAAUGCCGAGAAGAUAACGUUCAGCAUUGGGGAUAUAGCACUGACGGACAAUUCACUCCGAGUAGCCAUGUUGUAGAAGCCCUUUUAAACUGGGCCAAUCACUAGCGCUGAAAGCGUCACGUGAUAAUUGGCUGUCGCGUCAAAAAAAGCUAUUAGCUGUCGAUUGUCAGUGUGGUUUGUUACAAGUGUAUAGACAGAUUUCGAUGCAAUAAAUUGGAUUUUGCGGUUAGUAUAAGUGUUAAACUGAAGCAUUUUGACAACACAUGUACGAACAGGGAAAUGAGAAGGGCUGCCCAUUUCACAAUGCGUACAUGUUGGACAGGAUGCUGCAGUAACUUCUCGGGAUCAGCUGGCCAGAAAACCAUCUCGCGAGUCAUUGUUUGAAGAAAAAUGUUGUGACUGUGCGUUAUUUUUCCUUAGCAAAGUUAGAUUAAUUACGAAAAUAUCUUCCCAAAAUCUGAAUAAAAGAGUCUGUUAUCAAUCAGAAGGUCCUGCUAUGUUCGGUAAAAUCCCACGCAGGACGAGGACCGCUAAAACACGACGCUUUUGUCACAAAU